AUGCAGUCCACGGAUGACCAACGCUUUACUGCAUCCUACACUGCCUGCGAUCCGCUAAGCUGCUUCCACGACUUGCAGUGCGGCCACCGCAUUCAGGUUCAGUAUAGCACUGAACACUGCGGUCUCAACUGCCUAAAUCCGAGGGGGGAUAAACCAUUUGUAUGCGCCGACUGCCUUGUUGCCCAUGUCCGCCUGGAGAUGUCGUUCGAAGGCCUUGACUUGACGAACGUAGGAGACGACGUGGAGAUGGGGAACAACGGUGCUUCUCGCGAGGAGCAGAUCCAGAAGAUUGCCGACACGGAACUCAAGAAACUUUUGGCGCAAGGACGGCGAAUGAGCAAGAUUGCACCGAAGUUCAAGGACCCCAAACUCCAGUUCUUCCACCAGUUCUUGCUAGAGGAAGGCUACGAGGGACUCGAGAAUGACGCGAAUGUUAGACUGCCACCGGGCACUCCUUACAAGCGCCCGGGAAUAGCAAAGGAGAAGUCCAAGACAUCCGAAGUUUGGAAACCUCGCGAUACUGCCCACGAAGAGGGCGAUGCGGAUGAGCAAGUUAAUUUUACCCUAGCCAACUUCGAGCAAGAUUGGGAGAGUGUAUCACGAGGAGUUGAGCAGCGGCAGGUAGAGCGCCACCAAGGUCAGCCAGUGAUUGACAAUAGGCUGAACGGCCUACUAGAGCAGUUCAGUGAGACUCGGGUUGGACUCUCUGUGGAAGACGAUGCGACUCGAGCAUCGCCCAAGGGCAGCGGACCGCGUGUAGUUUCUCGGUUGGUUCCGAUCUUUCUAAGUGAUCAGCCGUUGUUCGAAUUGGAUGACACUUUUUAAAAAGCUCGUUGGGCCUAUCUUGACCAUGUCUUUGUUCUGGUGAGCGAGGUGAAUAUAUUUAGACAUGUC